AUGUCAGACGACGCCGUCUACAAGUGGAUCACGCUUCCAGACAAGCCAAAUGUCUGGACUCGUAGCUGCUGGGGUGGAGAGCGCUUUUUCCACCAAUACUCUCGCUGGACCAAAGGGUGAGCGAGCGAGUCCAGCUUCUCGGUGAACGGUAUGUUGAUGCUGACCCCCAAGCGCUGCUCCUCUUCAAGCCAUGCCGACGCCAUUGGCAUUGCCACUUUUCAGGCGCUGGGCAUCAACUCUUCUGUGAUCAAGGCGCUUGCCGAGCCUGCCGCCAUCGCUGCUCGCUGGGUGGGGCCGCUCCUGGGGGCGUCUGUAGAGCUUGGCGUCCACCCUGAUCUGGACCCUUGGCUUGGUGCGUGGGUCUACACGACCUCGAACGACUCUUCUGAGGCCGAGAACUGGGCAAGGGACUCGACCCGCUUCUACGAGUGCAAACCUGGACAACCUCUCGAACAGCGUGUCGAAGAGGUGAGAGGCGAGCGGACGCUGGACGCUGCAACCAGCGCUCGCCCAUGCACGCUGCACUGGAUCUUUGGUCCAGGCGAUACGCAUGCCCUAAUCGCCCAUGGAACGCACUACAUUUACGACGGUCAAUCAAAUUUGAGCCACGUCGAGCUCAUCAUGGCCUUCUUGGCCAGGCAUGUCAAGAGUGGUAGUGCCGAAAGCGGCCUACAAGAGAUUCGUGCCUACAAGUGGGGCACAGAGACUUCGAGGCUUCCUCGGUGCUUGCCAGAAUGCAUCGGCAUCAGCCCGUCUGACUCGGACGAUGCUCAGAGCGAAAAGAUUCUCGGACCUGAGCUUGCGGGUCACGGACCCUCGCUCGGCUUGCCGCCACAGCGCAUGGAGCCUCGAGGAGAGAUGGGCUAUGCCUUCAAUGAAAGGCGACGUCUGCCCACGGAUGUCACUGCUGGUUUCAACAGAGCAUGCCGUUCCCUUGGCUUUACGUCUGGACACGGUCUUGAUGCCGCAAGGCACGUGGCCGUUUGGGCGGUUCGCGCAGCGGAUGCCAAAGCUGCAGGGGAAGACAUCGAAAACACCCACAUCAUCAACUUUAUGCUUCCAGUCGACUACAGACGAUAUUUCAAAAAGGAGUUCCUCGGUCAGCCCUACAUUUGCACCGGUACUGCUGGAUUCACGACCGAAAUCAGCUUGGAUCACAUUCGCGCAAAGGAGAGCGAAGCCGAGGGCUCCGAUGCUCAUUUGGAUAGAGCGUUCAAGGAGGUUGGACCUCUUUUGGCGCAGCAAUACAGAGCUGUCGCAGACGACAGGGAGCUGAUUAAGGGCAUGCGUCCCGUGACGGAGAUGCUUGGCGUGGACAACGAGGAGUUCCCGCCUUUCGAAGCCAUCAAUCCUGGAGACGCGUACACUUCCCUCGGCAAGCUCGAGUCGAGAAUGCGCGUGAACUACAGCCAAGAUGGCAGUACCCAAGCGCCAGACGUCAUCCGCUUGCUUGACUGGUUCAACACCAGCCGAUUGACGCGACCGCAGAUGGGACUUCACACUUGGGUUUGGAAGGGAUCCAUCACUCUCAAUGUCAACUGGAGCGACCACUACGAUGCGCAGUACAUCAAAAGAUAUGUCGAUACGGUGGAAGGCAUCAUACGUAGAAUGGCGGCCGCUUACGGUACAGAGAAGCCGGCGGGUGGUGCGACUGUGACGACUUCGUCAGGUGCUUCGCUGAGCAACCUUGGGGGACGGCCGGGCCAAGUCCUGGCUCCUCGUCUUCGCAAGCCGUGCACCUGUCAGCAACACUUGCGUGCUAGGCUUUGA